AUGUACAAGAGCCGACCUCCCACACACUCCCUAGACACAUGCACGCUAAUUCGGAAGAGCACAAUUUGGACAAAGAUCACAUUUUGCACCUUGGCUGAGGUAAACCACAACGUUUGUAUACAAUAUCUCUAUUCCAGAAAGGUCAGCUUGUCACGACAAGCGCGCAGUCAGGACGAGCUGAACAAACAGUUCAACGGAUCUGUCGCUCAGUCUUCUGUCCCCUUUGGCCAUCAAGACACCAAUGGUCACGUGCUGACCAGACCAAUUCAGCACCAGCACGACAACCCAACUCCGAUUCGCGGUUCCACUUCUGCCAACGGCCCAAACCAUACACAAAGUGGGCCUUCAUGUCGUGACAACCAAAUGCCGGCCUCGGGCAGACUGUCGGGAGUAGGGAGGGCGCUUGUACCAUCCGGUGCUCGCAGCAAGGCUGACGUCAGAUCUGACGACGUAAGAAUUGAUGCGACGCAAGAAGGUGAAUUCCGGUUACGGAGAAAAAAUAGCAUUCGUAAGUCAAUUUUAGACGGCUUAGCAAAGAUUGGUGAGGAAAUGAAAUGA